AUGGGAUUCAGUCAAAUUGCGAACAUUCAUAAUUUGAAUCAAGUAUGGAAAGAUUCAUGUGAUCCAGCGUGGUUUGCUCCACUUCGGGGAUUGAGUAGCAAGGGAAUGCUUCAAAAAUUGUCCUUAGACGAACCUUUUGCUAUGCAUUAUUUGCUUUACCUGGCAGGAUGCAGGUAAGCAGUAUAAUUCGAGGCGGUUCCGAGGGAUUGCAGGGAUAUGAGGGAUUUGUCGGAUAUUAGGGUUUUUGUAGGAUAUCAGGGGUUUUGUCGAUUCAUUUUUGUCGGAUAUCAUUUUUUCGGGUCAGGGGACGGGAUUUUCAUUUUUUCGGUGCGGGGUUCGGUUCGGG